CAAGUUAUAAUGUUCUUUAUAUAAGUCAAAUAACUCCAAAACUUUAUAAAUUGAGAAGAUAAAUUUCCAGUUGGUAUAAAGUUCAGAAUCCAUUUUAAUGAAUAAUGGUUUGUUUACAAACUGAAAGUCUAUUUCUAGUUAGAAAAGAAAUAAAAAAUCAGUAUUUCACUAACUGACUAAAGUAAAUAAAACAAAAAGAUAAUAUUGUGUCUCUAUCAAAUUUGAAAUGGAGAAAAAACAAACCAAAAAUAUAUCAAAAUUUUCUGCACACUUAUAAUUCUACUACUUUACUGUCAACUUUCUUCUACAACUAGUUCAUUCAUUUUUCUGUCAAUUGUCUCGAAACAUAUAUGAUGGAUCAAUCCAUAAAAAGACACCAAUAUACCUGAGCUAAUCCUGGUGGCAUAUAAUUGUCCAUAAUUUAGUUCAUUGCUUACUUUCUUUGAAUUUGGUGUUUCUUGGCUGGUUGUUUGUACUCCAGGCUCUUCCUGGGUUGCAGUCUUGGGAAAAAGAGAGUCCCUUGACUUUCCUGCAGACUUGUAUCUUGAAGGAACAGAUCAGCAUCGGGGGUGGUUUCAGAGUUCAUUGCUAACUAGCAUAGCUACAACAGACACGCAGAAUCACAAAAUUCAACAUGGUACCAGAGCCGGUUCUGCUCAUGUAACUAGUGGGGUUUAUUACAGCAGCUGCCAGCAGCAAGUUGUCGCCGCCAAACAAAAGUUUUCCGUCAAGUUUCCAUACUCUUCUGGCGCUACUGCAUCUUUUUUCUGUGAGCCUCCUAAACAAUCUAUUAUUUAUUUGUGACGACUCUUUUCCGGCUUUUUGUAAUGACACAUUCGGUGGACCCUUCUUCGAUGUGUAUCAUCAGUCACCAACGAUACCAUCAUGAUCAUACCGUCAUUGCCAGUCCAGCCACCUGUGACCUACACCGUCAUUGGAGCAGCAACGUGCCAGUAGUUCUCCAUCAUUGUGUCAUCCUUUCAAAUUCUCCGCUGUGUCAUCCUUGUGGCAAGUUUAGAACUUCUUCCGUCAUUCACUCUCACUUGGUCUGCAUUUCCAUCACGCUUCCUUGUGCAUGUUCACUAUGUUUUUGGGCGAGACUCUUCAAAUUUUUGUCAUUUUUGUCUACUACAGGAAAGGCUCCAUAUUCUUCUGUUUUAACUCAUGGAUUUGCAUUGGAUGAGAAGGGCUUAAAGAUGAGCAAGUCUAUGGGUAAUGUUGUGGAUCCACGUAGUGUGAUUGAAGGAGGAAAAAAUCAGAAGGAAGCACCUGCAUAUGGAGCGGAUGUCCUACGGCUUUGGGUUUCUAGUGUAGAUUAUACUGGUGAUGUGAUGAUUGGUCCUCAGAUUCUUCGUCAAAUAUCUGAAAUCUACCGGAAGUUACGGGGAACUUUAAGAUACCUCUUGGCAAAUCUUCAUGGCUGGGAAACCGAUUUUACUGUUAAAUACGAUGAGCUUCCUAGGAUUGAUAGGCAUGCACUAUUUCAGCUAGAGAAUGUUGUAAAAAGCAUUCAAGGGAAUUAUGAAAAUGACCAGUUUUUCAAAAUAUUUCAGGUAACUUGUUUUAGAUCCUAGAGAAACAUUCUAUAUAUACAAAAUAUGCACAUUUGAUGCUGAUACAUUGAAACGGCUAUUUUUUAAAUUGAAUUGUAAUAAAUUGUAAAUGUAAAAUUAUUUAUAUCAUCUACAAUUUGUAUCUUGCCUUGUAUAACAGAAAAUACAUAUGCUGUCAAGUAUACU